AUGAUAGGAACUAUAUUUUCAAUUAUAUUUACAAUCCUAAAACUUUGUUUUGCUACUUCCCCUAUAAUAUGUAUUAUAUUAAUAUUUUUGCUUAAUAAAAAUAAUGUUCCAGAAGAUCAGAAAAAAAAAACUGAUUUUUAUUUUGAAGUGGACUAA